CACGUCCGUCACGCCCAAUAAAGCAAUGCACCUUUUUUUCCCCCUCAGACAUACAUGCAAAGAAAAAUUUUGAAAUUUGGAUUUACUAAUACCUAUAUUCACUGAUGAGUUUUGACGAUGAAAAGAUCGAUCGACCUGCCUGGACCUUGUUCUUUGAAGGUACACUUUAUAGGAGGUAUUUGCGCUACUUGAAGCAUCAUGAUUUAUCACAGAUGCUUAAUAAUGGAACAACUCUACCUUGCAAUUAUAAAACUCCUAUUCAACCUCCCAUUUUGACGCAUGAGACAAGUUGGUAUUCUCCACCAAAAUUCCAAUCAGAUGACGAUGAGAUGCCACCUCCUUAUCACCCACGGUCCGUAUCUGUAUCUUCUGAGCGAUCACAGCGAGACACUGACUAUAAGAAGAUACGAAACAGAACUAGAUUUUUUGUGUGUUUUGGAAUAACUUUUAUUGCACUGACGGCAGCAAUUGUUGCGCUUGUUAUACAUUAUUUCUACAUUGCAACACAAAGGGAAAUAAUAGAAAGUGGACAAAAUUUUAUUCACAUUUCUGGAAAUUUUACAGCAAAUGAAACAUUAGCGAUACUUCAAGAUAACAACACGAACAUCAUUAAGGAAAAGUAUAUGACUGAUUUAAAUGAUGCUGAACAUGAAUUAAAGUUUACUUCUCCAGCAAAACCAAUAGGAAAAGGGUCAUUUUGGAAGAACGAACCCACUUCUACGACGACAACAAAAAAGCCGAAGUUAGUACUGAUUCCACCGACACCAACUGAGGAAACAGUGGAAUGGUAUUCUCCUUCGCCUUCGCCUCCAACAAUUGAACCAGUACUUAUAUCAGAUGUUGAAACAGCUAUAGGCAAAAAGCAAGCAACAUUUCCCUGCGUAAUACAAACAAAUAAUUGGGACUCUGUAUACCUAAAAGGAAAAACUAUUAAGCUGAAUUUUACAAAAUCACAUAAAACUAUAGCUUCCGGAUUCCAGCCAAGGCAAACAUAUGAUUAUGGUUUCAAACUCAUGGAUGGUUCAAAUAUGACAAAAUUAACGCUAAAAGUGUUAAUACAAGAUGUCCAAUGUGAAGACGAAGACGAUUUUGUUUGCGGAUUCACGGAUAAUUUGACAACAACAGAGAAACAUGGAAAGCUCAUAGUACAACGUAAACCUUCAGCAAGUAUCAAAAUGAAAAGCCCUGUUGGAAUAAUAGAAGGACAGGUCGUUGAAAUCGAGGCUACAUGGAAAGGCGGUUAUCCCACUCCGAUUGGCAACAUAACAUGGCUGUAUUCAGACGAUGAAGGAGGUAAUUUGACAGAUGCACCACAGACGUUUAAAGCUGCCGACCUAUCAUGGCGAAUGAAAAUAAGAGAGGAUAGUUGUAAAACAUACAUAAACAGUAUUGUCAAAUUUAAGCCUACCCUAGAAAUGAACAACACCAUAUUAUACGCUGUAUCGUCAUUCGAUGGUGUCCAGGCAGGGAUGGAACACAUACUUGUGAUUCCAGAAAAUUACUGUGACGAACUGACUGGAGAUGCUUAUAAGCCACAUCCAUAUACUUGUAAGAAAUUUGUACGAUGUCGCCCUGAUCGUAUGGAUGUCUAUGAAUGUCCAAAGAACACGUGCUUUAUGGAGGAUGUGUCCCAGUGUGAUCUAAUAAACUAUGAGUACUAUUAAAAAUGCAUGGAUACGAAAACAUUUGAAAAUAUCAUGGGAAAGUGAUAACACCAUUUCUUGUUUUAUAUGAUUAUUAAAAAAAUGUGGCAUGCUUUCAUUAAGCUUUAAAUAAACAGAUCAGUAUUAA